AUGCAAUUGCUGAUGAACUGUUUAUUGGGAAUCUUGGCUUUAGAGGUGUUUUGCCCAGUUUUGCUGACUCCGAACAAUGGUAUGCAGAAUACAACUAACACUGCUAGUGGUACUGCUGUAGAAUUUCGUUGCAAUGAAUGCUAUGAAUUGGAGGGACAGCGUGAGCUUUCUUGUUUGCCAAAUCAAAGUUGGACGGGUGAAGCACCAACUUGCAAAGUAAAAUACUGUCCAGCACUUAGGACACCAGUACAUGGCAAGAAGGAUUCAAACGACAUGUCUUGUGGUACUACAGUAGAGUUUAUAUGUGAUGAUUGUUAUGAGGUGGACGGUGACAAUCAUGUGACUUGCUUAUCUAAUCGAACAUGGAAUGGGACAGAACCCAGUUGCAAGAUAAAAUUCUGUCCAGCUCUUGUGACACCGACUAAUGGACAAAAGAACUCAAACAAUCGCUCGUGUAAUACAACUGUAUCUUUUAAUUGUUCAGAUUGUUACAAAUUAGAGGGAUAUGACCAACUUUCAUGUCUUCCAAAUAAUUUGUGGAGCAGUCAAGAACCUGUUUGCAAGUUAAAGAAUUGUUCGGUUCUUUCUACACCAUCUAAUGGCUUGAAGAACACAAAUAGCAUUUCAUGUGGUACAGUUGUUGACUUUAGUUGUAACAAGUGUUAUGAGUUGGAAGGUCAUGAACAGCUUUCUUGUUUGUCAAACACUUCAUGGAGUGGUGGAAAUCCAAGGUGUAAUUUAAAAAUUUGCUCAAUUCUGGUUACACCAUCUAAUGGAUCAAAAAGCACAAAUACCUUGUCAUGUGGUACAGUUGUAGACUUUAGUUGCGAUGAUUGUUAUGACUUGGAGGGUGAUUCACAACUUACUUGUUUGCCAAACAAUUCAUGGAGUGGUGAAGAACCCAAUUGUGCAUUAAAAUCAUGUCGUGCACUUGCUGAACCCACGAAUGGGAAGAAGGAGUCUAACUUUACUUUCUGUGAUAUAACAGUAGACUUUACAUGUGAUGAAUGUUACUCAUUGGAAGGUCACUACAAUCUUUCCUGUUUGCCAAAUAAUUCAUGGAGUGGUGAAGAACCUAACUGCACUUUAAAAUCAUGUCCAAUUCUUGUAACUCCUAUCAAUGGCGAAACGAAUUCGAGUGACACGUCAUGUGGUACUAGUGUGGAGUUCAGUUGUCAUGAGUGCUACAUGCUGGAAGGACGCAACCAGCUGUCAUGCCUGCCCAAUAAAACUUGGGACAGUGCAGAACCUAAUUGCACAUUGAAAUCUUGCACUGAGCUUGUUACUCCAUCUAAUGGACAGAAGGAUUCUAGCGACACUUCAUGUGGUACUACUGUAAUGUUUAGCUGCCGUGAAUGUUAUGACUUGGUCGGAUACAAUCAGUCGUCUUGUUUGCCGAAUCAAACAUGGAGCAGUGAAGCACCAAAUUGCUCUCUGAAGUUUUGUCCUGCACUUGUGGCACCUGCUAAUGGAAGCAAGAAUUCAAAUGACACAUCAUGUGGCAGUUCUGUAGAAUUUAGCUGUGGUGAGUGUUAUGAGCUUGAAGGACACCGCGUGCUAACUUGUCUUGUUGACAAUACAUGGAGCAGUAAAGAACCUAACUGCACACUGAAAUCAUGUCCAGCUCUUAGAAUACCUAUUAAUGGCGAAAAAGAUUCAAAUGACACCGUGUGUGGAGCUGUAGUUGGAUUUCGCUGUAACGAGUGUCAUGAGGUUCAAGGACACAAUCAACUGUCUUGCUUGCCUAAUAGAACAUGGAGUGGAGAGGAACCCAAUUGCACAUAUGUUCAUUGUCCUGCUCUUGAAGUACCUAGUAAUGGAUCAAUAUUACAUCUAACUGAUAGUUAUCGUUGUGGUUCUGCUGUUUGGUAUGAAUGUGAAAAUGGAUUUGAGUUGCUGGGGACAGCAUAUCGUGAUUGUGUUACAUCAGGACAAUGGCGCGGAAUUGCACCAUUUUGCCAACGUGUCUCCAAAUUGAGUGUAGAGUUGUUAGAGGCAUGGAGCUAUAUGCCUGUCAUGCCGGCAGUGGUGUCUAUUCGAGUUAUAGACAGUGAGGCUGUUACUUUGUAUCAACGCAUCAGUGCUACAGAAAACAUUGUGCUGAUCGUUGUUCCACCUAAUACAUACUUGCUUAUUAGUGUAGAAGCUGAUGGAUAUCUGCCCAGUAGUGCUUCAUAUUAUACUCAUCAUCUAUCUGUGAACAAUUUACCAAUUUAUAUGCAACGACAGGCAGACACUGUAUCUAUUGGUGUCGUGUCUAGUUCUGACAUCAAUGUCACAUUUCCUGAUUUUGGUUUUCGUUUUAUAAAACUCUAUGUUCCUUUUGGUUCUUUGGAUGUAGAUGUUAGAAGUGAACUGAAUUUUACAAUCACUUCUGUCAACCUCACAGCUUCUUUGCAUGGUGUACCACACUUGAUUGGUGUGACCGACAAGAAUCAGUUGUCUCGGGUGAACCUGGAUGCUUAUGUGGCAGUUCAUGUGACUGCUGGACCUACUCUUACUUCUCUAAACAUCAAUUUGCUGAGCUCAGUGUGGUUGUACGUUCCAUUUGUGGUUGAUCGUUUUAGUGAUCAGCUUUCUGUCUGGUUUUACAAUGAGAGUUCUGGAAUAUGGCAAAAUUCAGGCAAAGCUGUUGUCAUGAAGCAGACAUUGAUGUUGGAAAUUACUCAGUUUGGCUGGUGGGCUGCGGCUGUUGAAUGGCCCCAGACUAGCUGUACGUCAGUAGUUGUCAGUAGAACUUCAUCACACGGGAGCUCACCGACUCCAUUGACUGGAAGUGUUAUUUCUUUGUCUGGUGUAGACUACACUUAUUUUAGUGUUAGAGGAACUGAUGCUGCUGGAGUUGCUUGCAUGGAGCAGAAAAGAGAUAGUUUGAGUGUUGUCCAAGUUGAAAAUAAGCAAUUUGGUGUCAGGAGUGGACCUAUUUUUGUAACAAGUCUGAAUCAUAGUCAAUGUGAUGAAGGAAGAUGGUUGAAUAGCAGAAUCUUACAGUUGAAUUGCACCAAACUUGAAAUUUUAUUUGCUAGUUGUGGCUCUCUUCCAAGUCCAAUUAAUGGUAGUGUAAUUCAACCAUCUGUGGUGUCUGUGCUGGGAGAUGUGCACCAACCUGCCAUUACAUCAUUUACGUGUAAUGUGGGAUAUGAGUUAUCAGGAAUUUCAGAGAGAGUGUGUUUGGAAAACGGUUCAUGGAGUGGUUCUCAACCUACAUGCAAAUUGGUAGAAUGUGAUGAACUCCCUAAUCCUCUUAAUGGCAAAAGAUAUGGUGAAAAUCGAAUUUAUCAAUCCACAGUCAUUUUCUCCUGUGGUUUGGGUUAUUUCUUGAAUGGAUCAUCUAAUCGUACAUGCCAAGCUGAUGGCGCAUGGAGUGGACAUGAAACCAUAUGCCAUCCAAGAGAUUGUGGCAAAUUUCCUGAACUGCAGAAUGGCCGAAUAAUAGGAAACAAAACGGUGUUCUCUAAUGUUCUUACAUUUGUUUGUGAUGAGGGAUAUGAAAUUUCUGGUUCCUCAAUAUCUAAAUGUCAGGCAAAUGGAUUGUGGAGCUCACCUAGUGUCCAUUGUAGUGCUGUGGAUUGUGGCAAUCUUGAUGACAUUAGAAAUGGCAGGAAGAUAGGAACUGCAAACACUACAUUGGGCUUUGAAGUAAUGUUUGAGUGUAACCCGUGUUAUGAGCUGGAAGGACCAACAACAAGAACAUGCCAGGCUAAUAGUACUUGGAGUGGUACAGAACCUUCUUGCAAUAUAAUUUAUUGCUCUCCACUAGAAGAAAUUCAGAAAGGAGAAAGAAUGGGAGACGAAACAAUUUGCUCAGCAAGUGUUGAAUUUAAAUGUGAUACAGGGUAUAGACUGAGUGGCUCCAGUAUUCGAACGUGUCUAGAAGACAGAACAUGGAGUGGGCAACAGCCAACUUGUGACUUGGUUUUCUGUGAAGAACUAUCAUCUUCAAGUGUUGGCUUAAUUAAGAUGGGCAAUGAGACAGUUGUUUUUUCUGAAGUUUUAUUUGGCUGUAACCAAUGCUUUGAGUUGAAAGGACAUAGCAAUCUUACUUGUCUUGAUAAUGGCCAGUGGAGUGCAGACCAACCCACAUGUGACUUAAUUCAUUGUCCAAACUUGCCAAUUCCAGAAAACGGCAUAAAGACUAGGAAUGAAACAAGCUGUGGUGUUGUGGAAGAAUUUGUUUGUAAAAGUCGUUAUGAGCUUGUAGGUCCAGCCAAAAGAGUCUGCCUGACAAAUGGUAGUUGGUCUGAUGAGCAGCCAGUAUGCAGAGUUGUCGAUUGUGGCGAUCUUGAUCCUGUGGAGAAUAGUUUGCCUACUAUUGGCAACACUACAACAUUGGGAUCUGUGAAGAAGUUUGAGUGCAAAGAUUGUUUUGAACUUAUUGGCUCUCAAACAGUGACGUGUCUAUUGACAGGGUCUUGGAACGACUCACCUCCAACAUGCAAUCUUAUUAUGUGUCCACCAUUGUUUGAUCAUGUGAAUGGCAUCACAAAUGGAGCAUCAGCUCGUUGUGAUUCGACUGUUACAUUUAGUUGUUUUGCUGGAUAUAAAUUGAUCGGCAAUAGCAACAUCUCAUGCUUGCAAAGUGGCCAGUGGUCUGGCUCUCAGCCACAGUGCAUUGAGGUGAAUGAAUGUAUCUCAUCUCCGUGUCAGAAUGGAGCAACAUGUAUUGAUGAAGUUGAUGGCUACAGGUGUUUCUGUUCUGCUGGAUAUCACGGAAUUCUGUGUGAAACACCUACUGUCGAUGGUUCAUGUGCUGUGGAAGAUUGCCAUGCAUUUGUUAAAGUUUCAAAUUUGGGUUUCUUUUGUGGUGGAACUUCGUACAUUGAAGAAUUUAUGUUUCCACUGUGCAAGUUUAUUGCUAAUCCGGGUACUAGCAGACCAGCUAGAGAUUGGGCAAGUAGCACAUGGAAUUGUUUGGUGAGAGUUGCUGCACAAGAACUUGACGCUGUGUAUGGUGGGUAUCAGCCAGACGAACCCUUGUUUUGGGAAUGUCAAGCAUUUGAAAGACAGCUGUUUGCCACUCAGCAGAGUUGUAUUAAAGAAGCCUUAUGCGACACUCUGUUUACUGUAGAUGAUGCUUAUAGCAUAGCUGAUGUGAUGGAAUCAUCAGCAUUUUAUCGUGAUCAGAAUGUGAAGCAGACAUUGUCUUUACUGACUGAUUGUGGGCAAGACAAUAGCAAUUUGGCUUCAUUGAGAGGUGAGAUGUUGAGAAGAGGGUUUGUGCUCUGUUUUACUGGUGAAAGUGAAGAAGCUAAAGCAGAAACUGUGCAACAGGCAUUGCAGUUGAUUGAUUCUGCUACUGAUGGUGGUGGUGUGAUUCAGGAGCUACAAAGUGUUACUGAUUUGUGUACUUCAUCCAGAAGCGAGUCUGCACUGACCAUAGCUUUGUUAAGCAAUGGAACAGGUGCAGUGAGUCAGGAAAGUCUUUGUAAUAGUCUGCCUUCUACCUUUGCGUCUGCGAUUCUGCGUUGUCCUCAGUGUGGCAAUGGUGUGUUGGAACUACCAGCAGAAGCAUGUGAUGAUAGAAAUAAUGAAAAUAGGGAUGGCUGCUCAUCUGUGUGUGCCAUCGAAAGUGGAUUUUUCUGUGAUACAAUACCUUGGCAUACCACUAGUUGCAGACAUUUUGACAUUGACUUGAACAAGUUUGACAAUUCAACUAGGAACAGAUCCGUUGUCAUCUUCUAUGGUGAUGAGGUUGUAUUUAUUGUUGAUAAUGAAACCUUGGAUGCAAGUGAUUAUGGAAAUGAUGAUUGGGAGAGGAUCAAACUUACUUUGGAAUGGGCAGCUGAUGUUCGGGAAGAGAAACUUGCUUAUUUGUCAUCUCUUGACAGAGCAGUUUCUGCAGGUAGACUUACUGCUAUGGAGAAGGAUGCUCUUUUCACUUCUGCAGUGGAGAGAAAUGACACAAUGAAUUCACGAGUGAGAUUAGAUAUUAUUCGAAAAUCAGGUGAACAGCUUAAUUUGACUCACGUCUUACUGGCUUUGUCCUACCAAAACAAAGGGCAGGCAGAUCACAUUCCAAGAUUGAUGUUGAUUGAGGUACUAGACUUGAAUGGCAUUUCUGCUUCACCAGUUGGAUUUACUGUGACCUAUGUUGGUCUUAAUGCCAAUGCACCUGUUAUUGACAUUAAAGAAAAUAGGCAAAGGUUUAUAGCAGGUAGCAGUGACUUGCUGCGUGUUACUGGUGCCAGUUUGAAUGUGUCUGACUCUGACCAUGAAUAUUAUCCUAUGCAAUGGGGUAGGGUUACUAUUGUUGAAGCAGGUACUGAAGAGCAUCUCUACCUUGCAGAUGAAAUAUCACCAAUCACAGUUGUGACAAAACAAAAUGGUACUGUCAUUGAGCUGGAAGGUUCUGCCUCUACUGAAGUUUAUACUGAUGUUUUAAACAAUGUGUUCUAUUUUAACUGGGAGAUCGAUAAGACAGAAGCCACAGAAACAAUCAUUAAAUUUGAAGUGUCUGAUGGUGUCCAUGUCAGCUUUUUCAUUGUGGUAAUUUCAGUAGGUAUGUCACAAACUAGAAGUCUACAUCAAAUAAUUAGAGAGCAUGGUGUCUUCAUAUGUGUCACCAGUGACCUGACCGGGUUUCUCUAUGUUCUUCAGACCUGA